AUGUAUUCAAAUAUCUCUCUUAAUCGGUUGGAGAUGGGAUUAUCAAGCACCUUUCUCCGAUAUUUGAUAACUAAUACAAGAAGUUCCAAGACUGCUUGGCAAGGAUGGGUUAAAAAACGUCAACCAAUAAGCGAAGAAGAAUUGAGAAAGGCUAUUAGUGAGAAAAUAGAUGAAUUACAAGAAGAGGAUUUGACUAACCUUAGUACCAUUAUUACUAAUAAUGUCAAAGAAGCUUUAAUCUUAGAACAAAAUCUGAUUAAAAAAUACCAACCCCGUUUUAAUGUUUUGCUGAAAGAUAGCGGUUAUUAUCCUUAUUUAGAAAUUACCAGUGGGGCUAAUCCCCGCUACCAAGUAGUGCGAAAAAUUAAUCCGACGAGCCAAAGCGAAUAUUUCGGCCCUCUUCCAGACGGUAGCAAAGCCCGCGAGAUAUUACAGCUAUUAGAAAGAUUAUUUCCGUUAGCCAAGUGUAAAGGUGCUGGUGAGCCAGCCAGCGACCCUGCUCAGAUAAAAAAGGCUUGCUUAAUUCAUUACCAAAAGUAUUCGCCUGCUGAACUACCCGAUUUAAUAAUAGUAGACGGUGGCAAAGAACAGGUAAAAGCUGUUCAGCAAGCCUUAAAAGAGUUAAAAAUGGAAACCCUAGUAAUUGGAUUAGUCAAAGACGAAAAACAUAAAACUGCCAAAAUAAUUACUAAUGAUUGCCAAGAAUUAGAGUUUGGGAGAAAUGAAAGAGUUAAAAACUUUUUUACUAAUUGUCAAGAGGAAGUUCACCGCUAUGCUAUUAAUUUUCAUCGAAAACUACAUCGAAAAAGUAUCUUAAAAACUAACUAG